AGAAACAGCAUUACUAUUAAAAUGUUCAGUGUGAUAUUGAUUGCCAACGAUAAACAGUAGCUGUAGUGAAAAUACAUUAUAUAAUAUUCAGAGGGCCCCGGGCGGGCGGUAUACUGGUACAGUGUAGCGGUGAGAAUGCAGCCGACGGCGCACGUGGCGGCGUGGUCGGCGUAUGCAGGAUGGCCGGCCGUCCCGCGCGACCUGCUGGAGACGCGGCGACUGAGGCUCGCGCUACUCGAGCCGCCGCGACGAGACGCCCUCUACACGCCCGACCAGAUACGACACCUCAUCAGGCUGGAGACCGUAGGCCGCUGGCCUGGUACAGCACCGCCCGCGUUGUGGCGGCCGGACGCGCGCGCCUUCGACCUGGACACGCGCUGGCGACUCCCAGACAUUAUACAGAACGUCCGUCUGGAGCGGGGUGGCGGCGGGGUAGCGGUCGAUUCCGGAAGCGGGAGCGGGGGUGGGCUGCCCGUGGGGCUCGGGGCCGGCGCCGCGCGCGGGUGGGAGGGGGCCGCGCGGGGCUGGGCCGCCGGCGCCGUGCUGCUGGCCGUACUACUGCUGCUAGUACGAGCGCUCGAGCGAUGCCUGCACCGCCGGGCCACACACACAGGUCGAAGACGUUCGUCUGAAGAAUGGCCAACGCCGAACGUCAUGGCUACAAGCUGUCAAUACGGAGGUCCUCACCCUAGACUAGACGACUCCGACACUUAUCAGUCCGACAACAGAGACACAUCAAGCAACGAUCUCCCCCCGCCAUACUCCGAGUGUGCCAACGACGAACUUCCAAGCCCCGAUCCUAACAAAAUUAUAGGAAUGGAGGAACCACCGCCUCCAUACUCAGCUUGCUACUUCACCAACCCAAAAGAUGGUAUACCCACGGUCCACUUCUACAAUAGAAGAAACGAUCUAAACACCAUUGCUGAAAUAGGACAUUCGAGCACUGAUCUCGCUGUGGCACCUAAUUUAUCCAUAAUAGGAAACGAUGAGGAAGACAAGAUCUCGAAUUGUGAUGUAGAAGAUAAUAGAGAUGUAAGAAACGCUAACAGAGGAUUUGAAGACGAUCGUAGGAUAAACUAUAACGCCAAUGCUGACACAAACGAAGAAGUCGCUAGACAUAGGGGUAACGACCAUAUUGUGGAUAUUAGAGAGUUAGAAACACAAGAACGAAAUCCAAGAGUGUAAUUAAUAUUGAUCGCCAUGGUUGGUGUUUCGAGAUUCUGUUUGAUGUAGGGGAGUGCGCAUCGCUGAUAAAUACUCAUGGAUGGGUAAAUUUCGUGGAUUCAGCAGGAGUAAUAGUUUUGUUAAUUUAUUUCGGUGAAAUUUGCAUCCACCACGUUCUUUAUUCGUUUAUCGAGACGCUACAAAUAGAAGUGUACUUAUAAUUUUUGUAUAUUUUUAUUUUACCUAGAGAUAAAUGUAAUAAUAGGUAUUUAAUCUACCCUAUGUAACGAAUCUUGUUAGUGAUUUCAUGUAAUAUAAGUUAUUACUGUGUGACCACUACGAUUAAAACGACCUGAAAUUGUAUAGAAAUAACAAUAACGAUAAACGUAUUUUUAUCUUUGUGUACCUGUUGAAUAUUUUCUAAAUAGUUGUUUAGAGCUAUUUUAAAAUCUUAGACCUAGAUUAACUUUUGAAAUCGAAUGCCAGCCCUUUCUAUUACCAAUUCACUUUUAUUUAAAAAAAGGAAUGUUAUUUUAUAGCUAUUAACGGGAUUGUUACCGUGUACCUUGUUUUUUAUGAGUCUCCGAUAAAAC